AUGACCGACAGAAAGGGCGCCAUGGCAGAGUUCGAAGAAGCCCUCGAGGAGAUCCAGCAACGUGUCCUGGUGUCACAUCGCGAGUGGCCACGGAUGGAUUUCGACGCAUUCAUGGAACUUGUCCAGGUUCCCAGUGAGACCCACAGACACGGCGCAGGCGUGAAACGAUACAUGAGUCGUCAACCGGCUUGGAUGCCUGGAAGUGAGCUGCCAUGGGACGCAGUACUCCAGAAUUGGAAGGGCCCACGACCACGGCACAGUGGACCAGGCGUUUUCGGAGGCUGCGUCUAUGCGCAAGCGCCCUUGGCUGCCGCGAGAGCCGUCGAGGAAGAGGAAAGGCAACAGACUGCUGCCACAGGUGUCGUCAAGCCUGUGCCCGGUAUUCACUCAAUACAAGGCAUCUUCACGACCCCGGGGCUGCCCGAUCGCCCGUUCGUAUUCGACGUCACUGAUAUAAUCUCUGGCCGCUCGUUCUUCGGCCGCCAAGUCACUGUUCGCCAGCCCAAACAACCGUCCUCACAUCCGGCUGGCCCUUUCCCCGGCUCGGAUGCCAAACUCCCUCUCCAUGAUGUUUGCUUCAGCUGUAUCACUACUUUCAAGCGGCCAGUUGAGGGAGUGGACGACGUUCAAUCCCCCAUAUCCGCCCAGAAACGGUAUGCUGAUAUACUGUCUCAGAGAGCCCCAGCCCAAUGGGAACCUGCGCCACAAUCCGAUAUUGAGGCCAUCACCUCUCUCUUCAAAGGGUUCAAAGGACAUGGGGGCUUUCCGCUGCUGGACAUGUACAAGGUCGACAUGUCCGAAUACAACAGCGAUAAGGAGGUCCCAGACCGUGUCCAGUUAAUGUUAUAUCGACCCAUGAAGCCCGUUCCCAAAGACGAUGUCAACGGGCACAUUGUAUGCCAUGCUUUUGCGGCCGACAGGAACGGUCUAGUCAUGCUUGCUAAUCACAUGGGAUACGGAUUCAGCAUGGGCCUGGCGGCCAGUCUCAGCUAUUCGUUUUAUAUCCACACCAACCCCGGUGAAGCGGUCAUGGAUGGUGAGGAAUGGUGGAUUCAGGAAAUCAGCUGGCCUCGAGUCAGUGCAAAUAGAUGUAUGAUGGAAAGCAAAACUUGGAGUCCUGAGGGAAAGCACAUUGCCAGUGCCUACCAAGACGGCAUACUCGCACCAGCAAGGGAGCCGGCGAAGGUGAAAGAACCCAAGCUGUAG